UCCGCAGUACUGAUGUUUUGACAACAAAUGUAGCAGACGACUGUUGUGAAUGGCAAGAUCUUUAUUAUACCUGGAAAACAUGAAGCGAAGUUUAAGUCUGAAGCAUGUAAUAUAUAGUUGUAGAAACCUUUGUUCUAAAAAGAUCAAGGAAAUGAAACCAACGGCAGGGAUUGUGAUAAUUGGAGAUGAAGUCUUGAAGGGCCAAACAUUGGAUACAAAUUCACAUUUUAUAGCAAAAAAGCUGUUUGAUAUUGGAGUAAAGGUGAAAAAGAUUUUGGUUGUUGGAGAUGAUAUAGAUGCAGUAGCAAAUGAAAUAAAGGCACUAUCUGGUGAGUUUACAUAUGUUAUAACAACGGGAGGCAUUGGACCAACACAUGACGAUGUUACAUUUGAAGCAAUUGCAAAAGCAUUUAAUGAAACAACCUAUCCACAUCCAAAGUUAAUUGACAUUUGCAAAAAAUUUUUCAAAACAAGUGAUGAUACAGCUCCUGGAAUGAAGUUAGCGCAUGUACCUAAGUCAGCAAAGCUGAAUUUUGGCUUUGAUGAGUUACGUGGACGUCACACACUCUAUCCUUGUGUGUCUGUGAACAAUGUCUACAUUUUCCCAGGCGUACCAGAACUGUUGGAGAGGCUGUUUACAAUUCUUUACAAGGAGGAGCCACUGGCUCCAAAAGCUUGCCAGUUACAAUCGUCUAUUGUGUGUGUGUUCUGCCGUUGCUUGGAUCUGUUUGGUAGUAAAAACAAACAUGCACAUGUGAAAGAACUCUACCUGUCAGCAAAUGAGGUUGCUGUGACCGAGAAACUUAAUCAAGCUGUGAAAUUAUUUCCAAUGGUAUCUUUUGGCUCAUAUCCAAAAUUUUAUCACAGCUAUUACAGUUUACUAGUUACUGUGGAAUCUGACGUAGAAAAGGAUGCUGAGGAGGCUUACAAUAUGCUGAAGUCAUUAUUGGGAGAAGAUAUUAUAGUACCCUAUGACAAGUGCCCACUGGAUGAAACAUAUAGAAAAAUAGAACAAGCAGUGGCCCGUGGAGACAUGGCAACAGUGCGAGAAGCAUUCCGUUAUGUAACAUCAUUAUGUCAAAAGUACAAGCCAGAAGAAGUGUGUCUUUACCUUGAUGGAAGCAAAGCAGCAACUGCACUUCUCCAUAUGCUGUAUGCUUGUAUGAAGGAAGCUCAUUUUGCUGCAAGAGUUGAAGCUAUUUAUGCAGAAGGUGAAAAGUCCAAUGUGGAAGUGAUGAAAUUUAUUAGGGAAUCAGCAAAGAGGUAUGAUGCCAACUUUCAAGUUCUUAAUGGAGAUUUUAACAAGGCCAUGAAAUCACACAUAUCAAAACAUAAAGGACUGAAAAUUCUAGUUGUUGGUUAUUCUGUUGAAGAUGACAUGCAGUACCCAAGGGCAUCAUUUGAAAGUCUACAUGGAAUUGACAUAUCUGCUCCAUUACAAUCAUGUACAUCAUCAGAAAUAUGGAGCUUCAUCCGAUCGUUGUACAUACCAUACUGUGGACUUUAUGACAGAGGGUAUCCCACCGUUAGAAGCAUGAUGGAAGAAGUUCAUCUUACAUCCCAGGAACCUGAAAGAAGUCAUAAUGAUGGCAAGAAUAUUCAUCAGUACAAACCUACGAAAACAUCUUUGGAACCAUGAGCUCCACAAAAAUGAACUGUUAGCACUUUAGAAAUUGAGCAUUAGACUUAUGUAACAAAAAUUGUAUAUAUUUCUUCCAUACCAUUUAUUGUUUGAUGUAUUGACUAUUGUUUCUAAAUAAUAAAUAGAUUUUACAUAAGCUGUCCAUUAAUAAGGAAAAUCUUAUCUUUUCUGGACAUAAUGCUGACAAAAAAUGGGACAGUAAUAUAUUUCUGUUACUCAAUAUGAAAAAAAAGUCAGCCAAAUUUUAUACGUGGGCAAAAAUGUUAGUAGCAGCUGUCGUGGUGUGUAAUGUUAGUAUUUUUAAUUUGUUGCUUCAUGUGCAUUUUGUACAGGAUUAUGUCAGAUUUGGAUGGACUCAAUGAACAAUUGUUUUCUAUUUCAGUAGAUGAUAUACCACAGCUAUUAACUCUCUGAGGAGCAUCUUGGAAAUUCUAACUUAAGUGAAGUACAAAUCAACUGCAUAAAAUGUGGUUCUAAUGAUAGUUUUCUCUGACAAUUUUUGAUUGUAACUGAUGUAAAUACAACCAAAGAACAAAGAUAUUUUAACAAAGAUAAAUACAUGUACUUUUUCUUCUGCAGCAAAAAUUCUCAAACUGGCACUGUUCCAUGGGACUGUUAAUGUGUGUUCUCAGAAUAAGUGGACAUGAACUUUUCAGUGAGAGAAAAUAAUGAAAAACAGUUUGAACUCCAAUGAUGCAGGAUGAUUUAAGAAUAGACCAGAUGGAAGAUAAUUUUCUUCUGAUACACUAGUAAAUUAAGGGUGUCACAUGAGAACUAUUUUCUGUUCCUUAUAGAUUAAAUCGAAGGUACUUAUUUUACUGUAGUGAAGGUGUUGUUGAUACUGUGAUGCCAAAUCCUGACCUCUGCAUUCUAAAGUAAAAUUAUUCAUGUUAUUUUAAAAUUAUUCAUCAUUUUUACCUAUUGUGGCAUUCAAAUAACUAGAAAGUUUAGAAUACAAACUUAUUAUACAUGUUCAAAUGACUUAAGAUGCAUUAUCUGUGUAUCUUUGUAAGUUCUGUAAUACAUUUUUGCAUAUUACUCCAUUCUUUUUUGUACUAUUAUUUGAAACCUCCUGUCUUGGUUGUAACUUUAGUGUGAUCUACUUAGUUAUCUUAGCAGUUAAAUGUAUGGUUGGGGAGUUCGAGGAGUCUGGUCAACACUAGUUGAGUUCAGGUCAAGUAGCCCAGACUUCCAAAGUUUGUGAACUGACAGCAUAAAGUCUGUAAAUGAGGCCAAGAUUAUGUUAUGACAAUUUAUUUGUAAAGGACCAUCUUGAUCAAAUAAAUUGUACAAUUCACAGUUA